UAUGAAUGUGAAACAUGUGGCCUAAAAUUUACUGGUAACUAUAAACUUAAUAGGCACAUGGUGACUCAUACCGGAGCAAAACCAUUUGAAUGCGAGAUUUGCGGGAGCAAAUUCACUCGUAAAGAAAGAUUAUCAGCUCAUGUAAAGAAACAUGUAAUUGGCAAGGCUGAGAAAUGUAAGAUAUAUAAUAAACCUUGUGGCCGUCAGCGCAAGCUUGCUAAAAAUAGAAAGAUGACCUCUUAUCUUGACAAAGCAAAUAAGUUUGAGUACUCUGGAAAUGUGGAUGGAAAUACAAAUGACGCUACUUCGUUAUCUCGUAUUGAUUGUGCUUUAACUAGCAGUAAUGUAAAAUUGGAGGAAAAUUCAGAACUUAAUAAUGAAUUUCAUGAUUCAUUGGCUAAAUGUAAUGAUUGUGUACCUCACGUAAGUGUUCCGGAGCAAAGUAAUUGCCAGGAGACUUUAUCAACACUGAAGGAAUCGGACCCACAGGAAGGUACUUCGGUGAUUGAUUCUGGCAUGCAGAACUUAGAGUCAUUAGCUUGUAUGAUGAUAGAAACUUUACAACGUCCCAAAAAAUCAUUCAAGUGUGACGUUUGCGGUUUACAGUUUCGAGGUAGCUAUAAAUUUAACAGGCACAAGCUGAUCCACACUGGAGAAAAACCUUUUGAAUGUGGUGUCUGCGAUGCUAAAUUCACAAGAAGGGAGAGGUUAACUGCUCAUAUGAAAAAACAUGAUGCUAACCAAGUUGAUAUAUUAAAUGAAGCGGGUGAUGUGUCAAGCACUGAGAUCAAAUCAGAAAGAGAUGAAGUUGCAACAUCUUCAGUUGAAUGUAGCAUGGAUAAAGAUACUGAACUGGUUGAUGUCAUUAUGGCAGAGGUCGAAGGAAUUGGUCAAGGAAAUCCCAUUAUCAAAAGUGAGAAAGAUUUCAGCUCGGUAAGUUCUCCAAGUACCAAUACAGUGUCUGAUGCAGACUUCAAAUUUAUCCCCCAAGACAUGAAGUCUUUACCCAAACGAAAGAAUCACUGUUCAACAAAGUUGCAUAAGUGUGACUUAUGUGACAAAGUGUUUACAGGAACUUAUAAACUCAACAGACAUAAAGCUACUCACACUGGUGAGAAACCUUUUCAGUGUCUUAUUUGCUUUGCUAGUUUUGCCAGAAAAGAUAGAUUCACAUGCCACGUGAAAAAACACAUGCUGACAUCUCAAGACAAAUUUGAUGAAAUUAGUAGGUUUGCUGACUCUACAAAUUUUAAACACAGGUCAGAUGUAGAGGAUGCUAAUGAGAUCGGGCAUAACAAUGACAAUUCAAUUGAAACUGCUAAAGAUAGUGAUGUCAAACUGGAAUGUGACAUCUGUGGAAAGACAGUAAAAAAUGAAUGCGGACUCAUCAGGCACAAAAGAAUACACUUUGAAAAGAGACAAUACAAUUGUGAAAUUUGCAGUAAACAAUUCUAUAAAAAAUAUUCCUUAAGCAGACAUAUGACCACGCACACAGAUGACAGACCCUUUAUUUGCCACCUUUGUGGUUUAGGAUUUCCACUUUUUUACAAACUUAAUCGCCAUUUAAGAAGUCAUAAUGUAAAACCUAUUGUUGACGAUGUGUGGAAGUGUGAUAUUUGUGGAUUUAUUUUCAAAAAGGAAGAGACCCUCCUGCGCCAUAAACUUUUGCACUUUGGUGGUAAACCCUAUACGUGUGACGCAUGUGAUAAAGGUUUUAGCAGCUAUCGCAGCCUCAGCAUGCAUAAAGCUGUGGUUCAUUUUCAGAUGAAACCAUUUAAAUGUGAUAAAUGUGAUGUAUCUUAUGCAUACAAAGGGGAUCUGACGAGACAUAAAUUGAUGCACUCGGGCAGUAAACCUUACAGAUGCUGUGUAUGCGGAAAAGCAUUUGAACACACAUUUAAGCUGACGAGGCACAAAAAAAUACAUGAGGUGCAAAGGCCUUUUCACUGUAGUGUGUGCGGCAAGGGAUUUCUCGAAAUAACAAAACAUAAUAAACAUUUAAAAUCUCAUGCUAAUGACAAAUCAUAA